CCUUCAUCACCGACGAGCUCGAGAUGAUGCAGGGCUUCCUGAUGGUUGCCCAUGACGAGCGAGACCACAACAAGGUGGUCAAGAUCUGGGUGAAGCAAGUCCGCGACGUCGCCUACGACGUCGAAGAUUGUCUCCAGGGGUGGCACUCCGCGGCGCGCUAGGGGCUAAAUAACAGGAUCUUUGUGUGUAUAUGCACAAGGCUUCCGCAAAGUAGAUAGUUAGAGAGAAUAAGGAGAUCGAGCAGCUGACAGCGGCCACACGAAUCUCAAACACCGGAAGGAUUUCGCUGUCCGUCUAGAGAAUCGAUCAUGGUUCUGCUUCGUUGGCAAAUUUCUAGACCGGCGCCGUGUGGCCAAGGAGAUGAAGGAUCUUAGGGAAAAGGUGGAGGAUAUUAGCAAGAGGAACCUGCGGUACCGCCUUAUAAAAAGCUCUGUCUCCAAGCCAGCUAGCACCACCUCUGAGCAGUUCGUGAUCAGUACUGAAGUACAACUCGAGAUGGCUGAAGCUACACGCACUGCACUGCAGGAGAAGAAGAAAGUGGACCUUGUCGAACUAAUCACCAAGGGGGAGGAUGAAAAUAGCCUCAGGGUGAUGGCAGUGUGGGGGGCAGGCAGCGAUGUUGGGGUCACAUCCGUCAUUAGAGCUGCCUAUGAGGAUCAGAAUGUGAAAGGCAAGUUUGCCUGCCGCGCCUGGGUAAGGUUGGUGCAUCCCUUCAAUCCAGAUGAAUUCUUUGGCAGUUUGGUGAGGCAGUUUUACGUGAAUUCAUGUGAAAAAGAAACUGGGAAAACAACAGAAGAGAUGACUGCAGGGAUGGGUGCUAUGAAAAAACUGAAAGAAGAUGAAAAUUUGGUUGAUGCUUUUAAUAAGUAUGUUACCGGGAAGAGCUACUUGGUUGUUAUUAAUGGUGUAUCUACCAUAGAAGAGUGGGACUGGAUAGCAACAUAUUUCCCAAGGAAGAACGGAAGCCGGAUUAUCGUGUCCACGCAGCAGUUUGAAGUUGCGAGCUUGUGCACUGAGCAGCCUUACGUGGUAUCAGAGAUAGACCAGAAAUGGUCAUUCGAGAAGGAAUUUUAUGUCUUCUACAAGAAGGCGAAUCCUCCUGCGUCCAGUUCAAAAGAUGAGAUCAGUGAUGCUAGUAGCUCAAUGAAUCCUGGCGAGGAGACACAUGUAAAGAAGCCUACUACUCGCGCCCGUACGGUGGCAGCUGCCCUGGAGGAUGAUCAGCUUAUCGACCGGAAGGAAGCAAGAGAAAAGAUUAAGGGAUUAAUUGGUCAAGCAGGUUGCUAUGUGAUCGCCAUUUGUGGUAUAGGUGGCCUUGGGAAAACUACUCUUGUGAGGAGUGUCUACCAACAAGACCUUGGUGACAUGUUUAACAGGCGCGCUUGGUUAACCGUGUCGCGGUCUUUCAAACAGCAAGAAUUUCUUGAAGAAUUGUUCCGGCAAUUACGCCGCGAUGACAAAGAAAAGACUGAUACGGCCAGCCAUACGCUGCCAAAUGAGGCCAGCCAUACGCUGCCAAAUGAGACCAGCCACACAGACCAUACUAAACGAGAGAACAAGAAAGAACCAACACUGGCGGAAAAUUUGACAAAGCUUUUCCGGGAUAAGAAAUGUCUCAUUGUUUUGGACGAUCUAUCAUCCACUGUAGCAGUCCAGUGGAUACUUGACCUCCUACCAGAAAAUAGUUCGAGCCGGAUUAUUGUCACUACCCGGAAGGGCGAGUCGCUACAACUUCAGGAAAAAACUGGACAUGUAUACAAUCUCGACAUGCUAAAUCAGGACGAAGCUAUUGACCUAUUUGAAAAGAAGGUAUUCAAGAAUGAUGAGGAGAAACAAAACAUUGACAAGUAUCCAGACAUGAUUGAGCAACGAAACUUUAUCCUAAAGAAGUGUGGUGGCCUCCCUCUUGCUAUAUCCACUGUAGGCAGUUUCCUUGCAACCAAACCUAAAACCGCCAUUGAGUGGAGAAAUCUGAACAAACAUAUUAGUGAUGAGCUGGAGAGCAAUUCAGAGCUUGGGAUGAUAAAGACAGUGCUCACCUCGAGCUAUGAUGGCUUACCAUAUCAUCUGAAGCUCCCCUUCUUGUAUUUAUCGGUUUUUCCUGAAGAUCAAGACAUCAGAUGGACACGUCUAAUCAGAAGGUGGAUUGCAGAGGGUUACUUGAGGAGAACACGGAACACAAGUGCAGAGGAAAUUGGGAACAGCUACAUCACAGACCUUAUAAACCGGAGCAUGGUUCGGCCAUCAAAAGGUGCAACGCAUAACACUCGGAGGGUUGGCUUUUUGCAUGUCCAUGAUCUCAUUCGUGAAAUUGCAAUCUCAAAGUCGGUAGAGCAAAAUCUUGUUUUUACACUAGAGGAAGGUUGCAACCUCAACAACCAAGGCAAAAUCCGUCACCUUGCUGUAAGCAGUAGCUGGACAAGAGACAAGAAGGCAUUUGAGAGUGCAUUGGACUUGUCUCAUUUACGUUCGCUAACAGUAUUUGGUGAGUGGGCAGGCUUUUUCAUUUCUGAUAAGAUGAGAUUCCUUCGGUUGCUAGAUUUGGAAGACACAAAGGGUUUAACAAAUCAUCACCUCCAUCAAAUUGGGCUGCUCUUUCACCUUAACUACCUUUCUCUACGAAGAUGUGAUGGAAUUUGUCGGUUGCCAAACUCAUUGGGUAAUCUGAGGCAUCUGCAAACACUGGAUGUCAGAGACACGCGCAUAAUCAAGAUACCAACAGCAAUUAUCAAGCUAAAGAUGUUGCAAUAUCUUCGUGUAGGCUUCUUACCAAGCAAUGAUAAGGAGCAGAGAGGAAUUUGUGAAGCCGUUAGCUUGAUCCGCUAUUGUUUCAAGUACUUCUACUAUUGGAGGUGCUGCACAUGCUGUGUCGUCGAGGAUGAGGACUACUAUGACUGGUGCAACACCCGGCUCCUGCUCGACGCAUGCUGUGACCUUUUCUGUGGGCUACUCGACGAAUACCUGUGCUGCCCCUUAUUCGGAUGGCUGAGGACUUUGCUAGCAGGCUUUGGCUGUAUGUUCUUUCUCAUAGUGUUUGGCCCCGUCUACUUGUUGUCUCUAAUAGUGCGCAUCCCAUGGGUACUUUCGAGAGAUGGUUUCAACGGGUUGGCUGUCUCCUUCAUGCGGCAAGGUUCUCCGAGACCCAUACCGCAAGGUUCUCCGAAAUGGCUAGGUGUUUUUUGGAACACCAAGCGGAAAGAUCCACAUGGUGUCAAAUUUCCUAGUGGACUCCGGAAGCUGAGGGCCCUGCACACAAUGGGUGUUGUCAAUAUCAAUGGUGGAAAUGACAUUCUCGAAGAUCUCCAAUUUCUUACUCAGUUGCGCAAGCUAAGAGUGACGGGUCUCAACAAGAAAAACUGCAGGAAGUUCUUCUUGGCCAUCACGAAACUCAAGUGCCUGGAGUCCUUGUUAGUGCGGUCAGAGGGAUGCCCUGGUCUAUCUGGCUGCUUGGAAUUGGAUGAACAGUGCCCUCCUCCAGAAAACAUGCAGAGUCUCAAGCUGUAUGGCAACCUAGUCAAAAUCCCGGAAUGGAUCAAGAAGCUUAGGAAUCUCGUGAAGCUGGAGCUACGGAGCUCUAGGAUAUCGGAGGACAGUGCAGCUAUGGAUAUCCUAGGUGAGCUACCAAACCUUGCCAUCCUUCGUCUACAGGAGUGGUCGUUCAACGAUAAAGGCGUGCAUUUCAAAAGCCCAGCUUUUGAAAAACUCGUGGUGCUCAGGCUUGAUUUGUGGGGUAUCAAAUCUGUAACGUUUGAGCGAGGAGCAGCCCCCAAACUUGAGCAGCUGCAGGUCACGGGUGAGUGGAUAUCUGAAGAACGUGGCUUUGCUGGGCUAGACAUUCUCCAAAGCAUCAAGGAAGUCUUGCUCGAUGUUAGCUUUCGUUGGAAUGAGGCGAAGCUGGAAGACAAACUGAAGGAGGAAUUACUGGCCCAGCUUGCUAAAAAUCGAAACAACAAUAACCCGAUUCUGAAGGUCCAGUGAAUUCGAAAGGACAUAUUUUGUAUAACCUAUACUACUGUAAUGUUAUGAAUUGGAAAGGGCACAUUGUGGCCCUGCCCAAGUGACUGCCAUUCUAUUUUGGAGAUCCUUUUUUUCACUCUUCCAUCAUGUAUUUCCAUUCCUGCUGCCUGUGUGUUCUUCUUAAUCUGUAUGAAAGAUAAUUAAGAUGAUUGAUGGGCAUGUUUUGGGACUUUCAUGUA